AUGGAAAGUUGCACUGGUUUCGAAGCUCUAGCCAGUGAAAAUCUCCGUCAAGUGCUUGAGUUUUUGAGCAUCCGGGAGCAGUUUGUACUGCUGAGCAGCUACAGACAACUGCUGUAUCGAGAACCUUUGGCUCCUGUGGUCGUGUCGUACUGUGGAGAGUGCGAGGCUUGUCAAGGCAAGACCGAGCACCUUUGCAAGUCCAGAUUCAGGCACGAGUCUAGGGGCUUUUGGACAGCUGUGCUCAAGCAUUCGGCGCCUACAGGGUUGACAACGCUCCGUCUUGCUGGUUGUGAAGGGUUUGAUGCUUCGGUGUUGAGAAGUGCAGGGGCCAAGGAGGCGUUAAAGCCUUUGAAGGUUUUGCAGCUUAACAAAUGUGCGUCAAUGGACGUGGAAGCUCUCAGGCUCCUUGCCGAUAUGUGCAGUAACUUGAGAGAGGUGAGAUUCAGAGAUAUGGCUGUAGACAGCAAAGCGCUGGAGAAACUGCUGCGUACAAACGCAGACUCGUUGCAGGUUGUGGACCUGCUGGGCUGCCACACACUGGCUGGAGAAGAUGUUUGUGGUAUUGCGCAAUGCACACAGCUCCGUGACUUGAGUCUAUGGGGCUGUCACAAUGUGGACAAUGCUGCCAUUGUUCACGUCAUACAGCACUGCUCGCAACUUGAACGGCUGAAUCUGCGCUACGUACACAAGGUGGACGACGAGGUGGUAGCUGCAAUUGCUACGCACUUGUUGCUGCUUAAGGACUUGAACUUGCGUUACUGUUACAAGGUCUCGGAUAAGGGUGUGUACUCGUUGUGUGAAUCGCUGCCAGGGCUUCGCUCGCUGAACCUUUCACAGUGUUCGCGACUGAGUGAUGCCGCCAUCGUGCAAGUAGCUACAUCAAUGCCUCGGCUCAAGGAGCUGCGCCUCUGGGGCUGCACGAAGCUCACGUUAAACUCAGUGUACUCCAUCUCGGAAGGGCUGGUUGAACUCUCGCUUUUGGACCUGCGCAGUCGCGACAAGCUCGAGACUGUCAUUGGCGGUCCCACGGCUCUCAAGUUCCUCAUCCAGACGUACCGCAGCAAGCUGGCGAGGUGGGAGCAGGCGCAGGGUGAGCAAACUGGUGUGUUUAAACGCCAUGCCGUGGUCGCUACAGCUGCGUAA